UUAGAAGAUUGGACCUACAGAGAGAAAGAAUAUUAGAAAACGAAGGAUGUUUAUACAUUAUAAAGGGGAAAAAAAAAAAAGAAUCUCCAAUCCAUUAAUCGGAGGCAGUCAUCAAUUUCUUUGUUACGUUCCAUUGCUUGCAUUUAGGAUGGCUGCUAUGGCCAUAGUAUCUGCAAAAGUGCUCUUAUUUAUUUUUUUCUCUGUCAUUCUCGUGUUUCAAGCCACGGCCCAGCCAAGCUUCGUAAAAUGUUUUUGUAAUAAUAAAAAUGGCAACUACACUUCUAACAGUACUUUCCAUGCCAACCUCAAUGCCCUUUUGUCCAACCUCUCUUCCAACACUGAAAUUGACUAUGGCUUCUACAAUUUUUCCAUUGGCCAAAACUCUAACAAAGUUAACGCUAUUGGGAUGUGUAGAGGAGAUGUUAAGUCAGAAGCUUGCCGUAGCUGCCUCAAUAAUUCAAGAGUCCUUCUCACGCAAUUGUGUCCAAACCAGAAGGAGGCAAUUGGGUGGUAUGAUGAGUGCAUGUUGCGCUACUCUAACCGCUCAAUAUUUGGGACUAUGGAAAUUGAACCUUCUUGGAAUAUAUGGAACAAUAGGAAUGCACCAAAUGCGAAUGAGUUCAAUCAAGUUGUUGCUGAAUUGCUGAGUAGUUUAGGAAGUAAAGCUGCUGCUGGUGAUUCCCACCGUAAGUUUGCUGCAGCAAACAAAACAGGUCCAAGCUUUCAAACUAUAUUUGCUCAUGUGCAGUGUACACCUGAUUUGUCAGGGUUAGAUUGCGGUCAGUGCUUGUUUGGAGCAAUAUCGUAUAUCCCAAACUGCUGUGCUGGUAAGGUACGAGUCAGAAUGUUCAAACCAAGUUGUAAUCUUAGAUUUGACACCACCCCAUACUAUGAUGAUUCUAUGAUUGAUGUGCCGCAAUCCCUCGCACCGCAAGCUUUUCCUUCUACUCCUCCAUCCGUCAAUGCCACGUUCAGAAAAGGAAAGAGCGACUCAUGGAAAAUUGUCACUGCCAUUAUUGUGCCAAUUGUCUCCUUUGUAAUACUCCUUACCUUUGUUUGCAUCCAUUUAAAAGGAAAGAAACCACGGAAGUAUUUGGAAAGUGAAUCCGAAGUUGUCUAUGAAAUCGAGCCCACUGAGACAUUACAAUUUGAUUUCCAAACCAUCGUAGAUGCUACAAAUAACUUUUCAAAUGCAAAUAAGGUUGGGCAAGGUGGAUUUGGAUUAGUCUACAAGGGUAGUCUUCUCAAUGGCAAAGAAGUUGCUAUCAAACGGUUAUCCAGGAACUCUGGCCAAGGAGAUAUAGAAUUUAAAAAUGAAUUGUUAUUAUUAGCAAAACUUCAGCACCGAAAUUUAGUGAGGCUACUUGGCUUUUGUCUGGAAACAGGAGAAAUGAUAUUAGUCUACGAAUUUGUUCCCAAUAAAAGCCUUGAUUACUUCAUAUUUGAUCCCAUCAAGCGUUUACUUUUGGAUUGGGAAAGGCGCUACAAGAUUGUAGAAGGUAUUGCUCGAGGUCUUCUUUAUCUUCAUGAAGAUUCUCGACUACGCAUUAUUCACCGUGAUCUCAAAGCAAGCAAUAUACUCUUAGAUGAAGAAAUGAAUCCAAAGAUAUCAGAUUUUGGCAUGGCCAGACUAUUUGAUGCAGAUCAAACUGCAGCAAAUACACUGAGAGUUGUUGGAACCCAUGGAUAUAUGCCACCGGAAUAUGCAUUGCAUGGACAUUUUUCAGUGAAAUCAGACGUUUUUAGUUUUGGGGUACUUGUUCUUGAGAUUGUUACUGGACACAGAAACAAUGAUAUCCAUAAUGGUGAUUAUGUAGAACAUCUAAUAAGCUUUGCAUGGAGAAACUGGAGGGAAGGGACUGCCUCAGACAUUGUAGAUCCAACACUGAACAAUUAUUCAAGAAAUGAGAUAAUCAAAUGCAUCCAUAUUGGAUUACUGUGUGUUCAAGAAAAUGUAGCCAACAGACCAAAUAUGGCAACAAUUGUAGUCAUGCUUAACAGCUACUCUAUGAGUCUUCCAGUACCCUCACAACCUGCAUAUUUUAUGAGUGGCAGUAGUUCAUCAGUUUCAAGGUCAGGUGAAUCAAGAAAUAACUCCAUGCAAGCAUCAGAAAAUGAGGCUUCUAUUAGUGAGCAAGAUCCUCGCUAGAUUUU